AUGAAGACUGAUAGAAAGCCUUAUCAUCCACAAAAUUCAGAGAGUAGUAAUAGCAGUGGCGAUGAUGAAGAUAAUUUUCUGGAAAUUAAGGAAAAAAGAAGCGAACCUCAACAAGAAGGAAUCAUGAGCAAUUCACUUCCUUCGUCUUCAACGUAUCAUCAUUUCAAAUUGCCUUCAACUGUUCUAUCGAAGAGAGAACGUUCAAUCAAUUAUCAUUCUAAUAGUACUCCUCCGCCUUCCAACAGUUCGCAAAUAUAUCAGAGACAAUCUGUUAGCAUAAGUGGAUCCACAGCAGUUGCCAUGGAACAAUCAUCUUUGAAUAUUGUAGAUGAGACUGAUAAGACAACCAUUGAUAUUGAGAGAAGGAAAAAGAAGAGGAAGAAGAUGAAAAACUCUCAUAACUACUUGAAUGGAGGUGGUGAAAACUGGCUUCAUGAUGAUACCUUGAAGAAGGAUGAAGAAGAUGAGCAUGUCCAAGAUGACUCUCCCAAUUCAACUAAUAGUGAAGAUGAAACUUUGAAGGUUUAUGCCUUUGAAAAGCCCCUCCUCAGCAAUAGUUCAACAUUCAAAGAUAAUUAUUUCAUAUUGGCACCAGUUUCCAAUUCAUCUUCAACCUCCUCAUCAGGCACAACUUCCAGCUCUAGAAAACAAAACUCAUUCUCCAAUGAUUCUUCAAGCCAUCAUAGCGCACAGUUUCAUUCCAACAACAAGAAGAAACAAUUUUCACCCCAAGCUCACAAUCACCACUCAACUAAUUCAUCCAAUUCAUUACCCUCAUCAUCACUGAGUCCCUCUCCACAUGUUGUUCAAGCACAGAGUCCAUUAUUUAUUUCACCACCUCAACCAGUGAAUGUUCAGAAAUACAUGUGCAAUUCACAUUCAGACUCUAACACUUUCACAAGGAGAUUUGUUCUGAAUGAACCGACAAUGACAAUCUAUGAGAAGAAUCCACUUAAUAACUCGCCAGCUAAUCAACAAGAAUCGAUUGGCUAUGCAAAUGUGCAAGAUUCCAUGUCAAUGCAACUCUUUUCUCAAAUAGUGCAAUUAUUAAUUCAAAGAUAUCAACAUCAGCUCGAUGAUUUAUUGGAAUCUCCAAAUUCUCUCGCUCAGAAUAUUAUUAGAGGGUUGAAUAAUAAUGAGCAAUCUCAGCAAUUCAAUAAUUUAUCCUCUGCUGAAUCCACACCAUCCAAUAACGUGUCCAUUGAAGAAAUUUACUCAUUCAUACUGCAAAACCAGAAUCUUCUUUCGAAGAAAGACAAUAAUCAAUAA